CCACCACCACCGCCAGCACCAUAUCAAGAAGGUGCACCACCACAGGCAAACUAUCAAGAAGGUGCACCACCACAGGCAAACUAUCAAGAAGGUGCACCACCACAGCCAAACUAUCAAGAAGGUGGUGCUCAGCCAGCUGACGGUGCUCAAGCGGUAGGAGAUGAAUUUCAAGAGGGUGCACAAGCUCCCAUAGAAGGCGACUUCCAAGACGGCGCUGAUACAGGAUACUCACAAUUGAGGCAUCGAUGA